UGUAUUUUAACACUGUGAGAUAAGUGUUUUCACUUCAGGUUCAAUAUAAGACUCAUGGGAGAUGUAGUUGUUUGGGAGAGGCGGAAACUGAACUACGUAAUGAUGAAGCUCCCACCGACGCCAUCUUGGCAGUUUUUUUUUUUUUUGUAGACCAGCCUCUGAGAAUACUCUGCGCAGGAUCGCAGAGGCGUGUUGUUGUUUUCAAAACGGCUAAGGUUAUGACUGGCGGGACCGACUUUAUCAAAAGCUACACGAAUAACACGGACUCAGAGCCUGUAAUGGAUGUAGACAUGGAUUCUAGUCAUAUGGAGAGUGAGCGGGGUGAAAUGGACAGUCUUAUCCCGGCUGCGUGCUCUUCAAACGGCAGUGGCGGGGAGGAUGAUGAGGCGGAGGCCAUUGGCCGUCUGAGAGAAGCCGGGGGAUCGAGUAUUCACUACACCCCGGAAGGUGGUGGGGUGUUCUGCUGCGGCAGGGAGCAGGAGGUGUCGGUCGAGAUUGGAGAAACGUAUUUAUGUCAACGAGCCGACAAGACGUGGCAUACAGCAGAGGUUAUUCAGUCCCGACUGAAUGAACAGGAGGGAAGGGAGGAGUUCUAUGUCCACUAUGUAGGAUUCAACAGACGGCUAGAUGAAUGGGUGCUAAAGGGCCGCCUGGCACUCACCAAGCAGGUGAAGGAUGCAGUGAGGAAGAGCACAGAGAUCGGAGCCAUUGGGGAUUUGGGUGAACAGCCUGAAAGGAAAAUCACUCGCAACCAGAAGCGCAAGCAUGAUGAGAUCAACCAUGUACAGAAGACGUACGCUGAGAUGGACCCAACAACAGCUGCGCUUGAGAAGGAGCAUGAGGCGAUCACCAAAGUGAAAUAUGUGGAUAAGAUCCAGAUAGGAAACUUUGAGAUUGACGCCUGGUACUUUUCGCCGUUUCCAGAGGACUACGGCAAGCAGCCCAAGCUGUGGAUCUGCGAGUAUUGCCUUAAAUACAUGAAGUUCGAAAAGACCUUCAGACAUCACCUUUCCCAUUGUCAGUGGAAGCAGCCUUCAGGCAAAGAAAUCUACAGAAGAAGCAACAUAUCGGUGUAUGAAGUAGAUGGGCGGGACCACAAGAUCUACUGUCAAAAUCUUUGUCUUCUAGCUAAACUAUUCCUCGACCACAAGACGCUUUAUUUUGACGUAGAGCCCUUCAUCUUCUACAUUCUCACUGAAGUCAACAAACAGGGAGCGCACAUCGUCGGCUACUUCUCCAAAGUACGUUUGUUUUUUUUUGGUGUCCGGUUUUUUUGUUUUUUGUGAGUUUUAUUUCUUAGCCACAGUUAUGUUUAUAUACCAUGUUUCUUAAUAAUAGGCAAUGUAUGUAUCUCUGUGGAAGUGUUGCAUGCAUUUCUCUACUUACAAAACAUUUUUAAAAGUGUGUAAAUCUCAAUGUUUGACUAACAAUAGUGGUGGGGAGCAUCUCAUACUGAAACUAGAGAAUGCAAUUCCUGAAGAAAUUGCUAGUGGGAAUGCUUU